AAGAAGGCGAUAAAGAAAAGUUGUUGUUUUGAUGUUGAAAUGGAGAAAGUAAAGAAUAUAUUGAAGCCAAAACCGAACCCUCAACAGCUAUUAAGAGAUUGGCAACGUAGGCUCCGACAAGAGUGUCGCAACAUUGAACGUCAAAUCCGAGAUAUACAAAGAGAGGAGAAGAAUGUACAGAAAGCAAUUAAAGAAGCAGCAAAGAGAAAUGAUAUGGGUUCUGCCAAGUCACUUGCUAAAGAGAUUGUGAGAUCUCAAAGAACUGUGAACCGAUUAUACGAGAAUAAGGCGCAGUUGAAUUCAAUAUCCAUGCACCUUGGAGAAAGUGUCGCCAUUGCUCGCACAGUGGGACAUUUGUCUAAGAGUGCUGAAGUCAUGAAGCUCGUCAAUAAUCUUAUGAAGGCUCCGGAAGUGGCUAUGACAAUGCAGGAAUUUAGUAAAGAAAUGACCAAGGCUGGUGUCAUGGAAGAAAUGGUCAAUGAUGCGGUGGACAGUGCCCUGGAUUCAGAAGACAUGGAAGAGGAGAUUGAAGAAGAAGUUGACAAGGUCUUGACUGCAAUUGCUGGUGAGACUACUUCACAACUUCCUCAAGCAGUCCGAAAGGAGAAGUUAAAGCAACCGGCCGUAGAGGAUGCAGAGGGUGCUGAUGACGAGGAAGAUUUGGAAGAACUAAGAGCACGUCUUGCUAAAGUUAGAUCCUAAGUUAUUUUUAAAUUGACUUGCAUUGCCACUAAGGCUUCAAUGUAAAAUAUGUUUGUAUGUGAAGCGCAAACCUCUUCUAUGGUCUGCCGAGCUGCAUCUUUUAUUUGGAAGAGAGGAUAGUAGAGUACCUUCUGUAUUAGUAGAAUCAAUACUCAUGAUAUCAUUGAUUAUCCAAUGUGAGUUCUAAUCUUUUUCUCUU